AUGGACAUAGGUGUGCUAUUGCCUCAACUGCCGGCGGAGAACUGGAUCGGCACUGUAUACUGCAGCAAUCUGGCCGAAAGAUUCAAGCACGACUGCGUCACUAACUUGGGACAAUGCCAGGGCUUCGUGAUCACGGAAGGCGAAGACUACCUGUCCACGUAUGUUGACAGCAUGACGGACUCUGGUCAGCCGCUCCAACGACAGUUUUGCAAGAACUGUGGCAGCAACCUGUUCAAUCACACGCCGUUGAACGAUGAUAUAGUGAGCGUAUCCGCAGGAGCUCUGGAUGAGUUCGAGGACUGGAAGCCUUCGCUCGAGCAAUAUUGCAUUCACCGGGCUGACUUCCUGGAGAAGACGAAGUCUGUGGAGGCACGGUAUAUUGAAAGUAUUAAGGGUGAUCUGGAGAGGGAGUCGGAUUCCACGAGGCCAGCGACGGAGGAGUUUGUUCAGCAAUGA